AAUAUACGUCAACAAUAGUCCGUACCUAACCUCACUGUCUGUGGGUCAAAUAUAUGUGGUUAUUAAUCAUUUAUAUAGCAUAUUAAUUAAAUCAUAAGAGAUACUAAAAUCUAAAAUGUCUAGCAAUUUUGAAAAUUUUAAGACAAAAAGAAAUAUUUUAUCUGUAGAGCAGCGCUGCAAUAUUAUACAAAGAUUGAAGGAUGGAGAAAGUCCUCAAUCAUUAGCUGAUGAGUAUAAAAUUUCCAAACAAGCAAUAUCGUGGAUUAAAAAAAAUGAAACUAGUAUUAUUCAGACACAAGAAGUUUUGAAAUCAUGUAGCGGCAAUAUUAAUAAGAAACGUUAUAAGAAACAAGAAGAGAAUAUAUUGGAUCAAAAAUUGAUGAAAUGGCUUAGUCAGCAAAGAAGCAUGGGUCGAACAGUGUCGGGUACUACUAUUCAGAAGCAAGCUUUAUUGUAUAAUAAACUUUUAAAUGGCAAUGAGAAUUUUACAGCAAGUCAUGGGUGGCUUGCUAAAUUUAAGAAGAGAUACGGAUUGAAAAAUAAAAAUGCUCAUGGCGAAAAAUUAUCGGCAAAUUUAGAAGGUAGUGAGGAUUUUAAAGAAAAAUUUAAUAAUUUUAGGACAAUAACAGAUAUAAGUCUUGAUUGUAUUUAUAAUUGUGAUGAAACUGGACUUUAUUGGAAAAUGAUGCCAAGUAGAAGGUUGGUUAAAAUGAAAAAAAAUAAAGCUGAAAGAUUUAAGAAACCAAAGAAUCGAGUGACUGUGAUGGCAUGUACAAAUGCUUCUGGCACGCACAAAAUUCCUUUGUUUGUUAUCGGAAGAUCAGCACAACCACGCUGCUUAAGAGGUAUCAAGAAUGUACCUGUUCAUUAUACAAAUCAAGAAAAUUCAUGGAUGACCUGUGAAAUUAUGAAGACAUGGUACACCGAAACUUUUCUGCCAGAAAUAAAAAAAAAACACAGAAUAGAUGAAAACCCUGAGACGAAAAUUGUUUUAAUUAUGGACAAUGCGGCUUGUCACCCACCUGCCGAAGAGCUCAAUAAGUUAUGUGAAUCAUGUACGAUUAUCUUUUUACCUCCAAAUACUACAUCUCUGAUGCAGCCUUUAGAACAAGGUAUCAUUGAAAAAUUCAAAAGGCGCUACCGUAAUGAUUUAAUAGAAAAAAUUGUUUUUCAUGAAAAAAAUAAUGCUGAAAAUAAUGAUUAUUUCAAAUCAUUUGAUCUUUUAGAAGCAUUUAAUUUAUGUGUCCUUGCAUGGGAUGAAGUGACAAGCAGUGAUAUUAGAAAUUGUUGGAAAAAUCUAAUCCCACUGACUGCUGAUAAUAGUGCAGAAACAGCGCCAGUUACUUUGCCUAAUAAUGAAGCCUUCUAUGCUAUUAUAAAACGAAUCAAAGAAUUCAAAAUGUGUACUCCUGCUGAAGUUGACAAUUGGCUCCAGAUUGAUUGUCAUGACAACGGAUGGCAACCUCUGUCAGACAAUGACAUUCUGGCUAACCGGUGUAUUGCUGAGAAUCAAGAAAAAGAAGAAGAGCUUGAUGAUGAGAUUUCUUAUAACGAUCAAAAUUAUACGUUUGAUGAUUCCAUUAUAGAUUCCAUUAUAGGUAAUUGUCCUACGUUUAUAGAGGCUAUGAGUGGAUUAAAUACAUUUUUACGUUGGUAUCAGCGCAAUGGAGAUAGCCAAGAUGUAUUAAAUGCCUGCCAAAAAGGUAAUCAAGAGUUAAUCAGACUUGUAAUUCGCAAAUAAAAAAAUUAUUUUUAAAUCGUAAAUUAAAAAUGAGAAAAAAAUUAUUUUCCUAAAUAAUUUAUC